AUGUCUAGCUUUUUUGCUCUUGUCGCGUUUUGCGCUCUCCCCUUGGUACUCGCGGAUGCCAUCCAUGUAUCUGUACCGUCUACUCCUCCGUCUAACCAUAUCGUACAACCAAACUUCCUGGGGAUCAGCUUUGAGCUAAGUUUUGUAUCAGAAUAUUUUGGAAAUGACACCACGACCAUUCCACAGCCAUUUGUCAACUACCUCAGCACAUUGCGAAAUCGUAUAGGCAAUCAGCCUCUGCGCAUGCGUUUAGGAGGGAAUUCAAUGGACGAUUCUCUAUAUGUUCCAACGCAAACUACACCUAUGCUGCAAUUGAUAUCUGGGGACUUCAACUUCGAUGACCAACCUGUCCACUAUGGCCCUGUACUCUGGGAUGUUUUAGCAACAGUUGCGACGAAUAUCGGAGGUGCAGCGUAUCUGAUAGGUCAUGAUUUCUUAGGCAGUGCUACCCAAAGGUUGGGAGACAGCUUAGAUGGCUUCUUACUCGGAAAUGAGCCUGACUUGUACACUGCCCAUGGCAACCGACCCCAUAUUAAAAACUAUACCACCGCGAUAUAUAUUGAUGAAUUUAGAACAUCCUCCGAUCACCUUACCAAUACCACAGCUGGAAACAUUCUAAGCAAACACGACCUUGGCGGUCCAACUAUAUGUUGCGACUGGAACCUGGAUGCUCUUCUCGAUGAUGGCUAUACUUCCGCCUUCGGCGACAUUUUGAAAUACAUCUCUCUCCAGCAUUAUCCUCAAAACAAUUGCUUUGGGUUUAAUAAAUAUAAAAUAUCGUAUUAUGUGCAACAUUCAAAUGUUGUUGAGCUUGCAUCAUGGCAAGGUGCGGGCGUGAAGAAAGUCGUGUCCAAUAGGAUAAAUAACCAGCAGCUGAUCAUGUCUGAGUUCAAUUCGGCUUCCUGUGGAGGUAUUCCUGGGCUGUCAGACACUUUUGCAGUUGGCUCUUUGUGGACAAUCGAUUACGCACUUCAAUUGGCCUCAGUGGGCUACAGCGCCGCAUAUCUCCAUACUCGCGAAAGAGGCAUAUCAUAUAAUCUAUUUACACCACCUCCCGGUCCCAACGGCGCACCUGGAUUGUGGACAACAAAUCCUCCGUUUUACAGCUUGCUUGUUACCGCGGAAGCUUUACGUUCCCAGAACGGAAGUAUUGUUUCUGACCUCAACAUCAACGGCUCCAGAACGAACCCAAAUGUCAAGUAUAGUGGGUAUGCCGUCUACGAUGCUGGAGACUCGACCGUUCAACAGCUUGUAUUUUUCAAUUUCGCCAAUGUUUCGUCGUCUUUGAACUCUACUGCGUUAUUCGAUGUUCCUUCAGGGGUUUUCAACGCAACCAGUGGCAAAAACGUAGUCGUCAAAUAUCUGGUGGGGAAUAGCAUGCAGGAAAAGAAGAACAUUGCUUGGGGUGGUCAAACCUUCGCAAAUGCAGGUAAUGGGGAAUUGGUGUCUGCUGGAAAUGCUUCAUGGGCAGUGCCUGAUGCCCAACUUGAUUGCACAAACGGUUGUACCGUCCAAGUCCCUGCCCCUGGUAUGGCAGUCGUUUUUGCAGGCGGACUUCCACCCAAAACAUCCAGCACCAGUACGACCCUUUUGUCGACUUCGUCGACUCCGUCAACUUCAGCCACAGCGGAUGUGAACACAAGCUCUGCUGCUGUGCGCCUCACCUCGGUUCCUUCCCGUAUUUUCCCCAUCAUUGUAAGCAUUGUUGUAACCAUUAUAGUAGCUACUCUGUAG